ACGACAUGGACCGAAGGACGCUGUGAUGCUAACGGGACAGCAGCAGCAGCAGCACCGCGCCGUGUUGUUGUUAUUGCCAGCCGGCCCUCCUCCUCCGACAUCACUCCCUCCGGGUCCACGACACUUGAAAAAGAAACGUCCAUCCUCCACCUCGACCACUGAGAGUUCGAAGAGAGCUGAAGUAAGACCACAGGUCAAAUCAGUCUCUGGUCCCAAACAGAAGCACACAGACGACCUGUCUGCUCGGGAAGAAAAAUACAAACUGUUAAAUGCGGAGCUAGAGGCCAAAACAGCAGAACUAGUGAGGCAGGCAGAUCAGCUCAUGAGAGAACAGAGUGAAGUUCUGUCAAAGCCGUUAUCCACCCUCCUGCUUACGGACAUUGAAGACGAAGAGGACUCAAGAAUAAUAAAGUCUCAACAAUGCACGGUGGAGCCUGUUCUGAAGGUGGUGACCAAAAAAAGACCAACAUCAACAUCACACAUCACGCGUACCGGAACAAAAGGAAAAGAGUCUCACUCUAAAACAGCAAGCUUGUCUCGUGCAGAUGAGUCAGCAGCUGCUGGAGAUUCAGGUGAUUUAUUUCUAGCAAAGACGAUUCAUAGCAUGGAGGAGAAGAUGAAGGACAUGGACACUCAUGACAAUGUUGUGGACGACCAUGAUGUGUUUAACACUGGAGACAAUGUUGGGUCAGCUGUUUCAGAUGCUCAGAUUCGGGUUCUCAAGGCAAAGCUACGGAUUAUGCAGGAAGAACUGGAUCAACUCUCAUGUGAAUGUUACAGGAAGGAUGAUCAAAAUGCUGAACUCAGUGCAAAAAUCAAGGAGAUGGAGGAGGAACGAGCCAGACUACACAAGACUACAAGCAUUCAACACACACAGAUUGAGAAGCACAAAGCUUUAGCAGAGGAGUCGGACAAAAAAUGUAAUGGUCUUCAACUGCAAGUGUCUGGUUUCAAAAAGGAAAUAGAAAAUCUGAACAGAUCCAACAAACAAGCAGCAGCCGUCCACAGCACCGCAGAGGUUCGUCUGAACAGAGCUCUGGAGGAGGUGGAGCGGUUAAAGACUCAGCUGAACAAGAUGAAACAGAUGAAUAAGGACAACAUAAGCGAGGACCAUCAGAGCAAAGAAAAGCUACUUGCUGAAAACAAAAUGCUGAAAAAGCAGAAAGCAGAACUCGUUGUUGGUUUCAAGAAGCAGCUCAAACUGAUUGACAUUCUCCAAAGACAGAAGAUGCAUUUUGAAGCUGCCAAGCUGUUGUCGUUCAGGGAAGAGGAGUUCCUGAAAGCUCUGGACUGGGGGAAGUUCUAAUCACUGACAGAUUCCUCCAAAGUUAAUUGGGUUGAAGGUGCCGAGA